AUGAUAUCGAAUAGGUGCCGCCGUCGCGUGUGGACCCCGCUACCGCAGUCUCACACAAUUAUCCUCUUCUUUCUGGAUAAUCACAUAAUUGUCAACAUGUCGUUUUCUAUCGAUGUUGGAGGUGCCAACACCUUCAGCAUAGGCGCAGGUAGAGCCCCUUUAGUCCUGGACGAGUCGACACGUACCCUAUAUAACCGAGCCAUAUCCAACCUCUUCUCACUAACGGAUCAAGAACGCCGACCCGUCACCCACCGCAGCCCACCACACGAGAAAGACACUCUCUGUCAAAAUGCCUGCGACUUGUCCAUGGGCGAGCUAGUUACCAAAGCCAUCAAUAUCAGCAACAACAAUGGUGAUGACAAUGAUGGGUUUCUAGCAGCCUCGGCCUGA